UUCUUUCAACUGAGCGAGCAUUCUCGUGGUGUAUAAUAAAAGCAUGAAUGAUCAAGACGGAGACUGGAAUUAUCAUCUCAGGAUCCUAACCAACAGCGCGCGUGAUUCCACGGAUCCUGCUUCCGAUCCAUCUGUGCUACAAUCAGUAAGCAUCGAACAAUUAUGUGUCUCUCUCGAUGUACAAAGGAAUCAUCCAUCUUUCGUCUUCCAACGCUCUGUUGCUUCGCUGACUCAGUCCGAGACAGGGACCUCCAAAGGUCUUCUCUUGCUAGCCAUUCUUCAGUUUUUUCUUGAUUUUGGAGAUAUGGUUCUGCACGAUGCUGACCCGAGUUUGAGGACUUUCUUCCGCUCCUGUCUUAGCCGUGAGUUCUCGGAUGCUGCUGUUGCUGAGGCAACUUGUGAGUUUCUUAUCGAGAAUAAGAGAAAGCUCUUGGCGUCUUUCCCUAACUUACUCUCUCAGUUUUUCCCGUUGUUGCUUAAGCUCAUUGCCUGGAAUUGGGAGAAGUUGGAGAAGUCCUUCCUGAAGAUAUUCCCAGGACUGAUAUCACCUGGCUCAUUUCUCCCUCUGUUUCCAUCCAUUCUAGACUUGCCAAUGCUGGUUGUGGCACUAGAAAAGGUGGAAAGGAGCUCCGGGUCAGGGUCAAGGGUCGGAGGUAGCAUUGCUUCAAUCCAGAAGAGUGCAGCUCCUGAGAUGCUUCUUGCCCUUAUGGAUGAAGCCUACACCGGUUCAACCAUCGGAGACGGAGGGGAUGACUCAGAGUCUGAAGAUAACAAUACAAUAGAUGUAGCUGAUCCCCUGUUUCUUGAGCUUCUCAAGGACGAAAAUGAUGGUCUAGCUGAAAGACACCGCGCUUCACCUGCACUAAACGCAGCGUUGCAGGCUGCUGCGAGUGGUCCUCGGUCAGAGAGGAUGAAGCAGACACUUAAGAUUGCUCCUCGGCUUCUUGAUGUCUACUUUAGUGUUACCUUGCGAGACGCAAAUGACUCUCUGAUCUGUGCACUAAUCCCUCUACUCAUGACAAGGAACUCUGCAAUGUUUCCGGAUAAGAACUUUUCUCAUGAGAUCCGUAGGAGGCUACUGGAGUUCGUCCUGGCUGCAUUUCAGAGAUCUCCAAACUUCAUUGCGCUGUUGAAAAAGCCUAUAAUUGACAGGCUUGGAGAAGCUUAUGAUGACCCUGCUAAGAGAGAGUUAGCUUUACAGCUAUGUUGGGCAAUUGGAGAGUAUGGUGGUGGGGGAGAAUCACACAAGGAAGCUGCUCGGGAGCUCUUUGAAAGCUUAGAGCUGCUUCUCUACGAGAAUCUCUCAUCAAGCCGUCUAGGUCUGAGGCAAGAAUCUGGGAACGGUUCCAGAAGAACAACACAGUCGAGGCUGUUGUGUUUUGUUGUGACAGCUAUCGCAAAGCUCGCAACUUAUCACCGUGAGCUGUUGCCAAGAGCUCGUGUUGCCUUGGGAAAGGUGGUUAGGUCUAGGAUAUCAGAUGCAAGGGUUUGGAGACGAGCACAUGAUUACUUAGGACUAAUGAACGAGCCAGGAAUCUGUUGGUCUGUGUUAGGACCUUCACGUGUGUCAGAGAAACGGUUUCCUGGCACGGUUAAUUGGAGUGAGGGUGGGGACAAAAUGGUUGCACACAUUCCGUUUCACAUUCUAAGUGAACAAGGAGGUCCACCGUUCCAUGACUUUGCUCUCUCUGAUGUCAUCAUCAAAAACUGAUCAAAGAAACUAAGAAAGCCUUUUAAAUUGGAUUUGUUACCAUUUUCCGGUUUUGAUUUAUUUGAUUUGCAUCAAUAUAACCACUAACCAUCCUCGGUUUGUAACCUGUUUGGAUCAAAAUUUGAUAUAAUACAAUUUCUGUAAAAAGUCUCAAAUUGUUUGUUGUGAAAAUUGA